UGGUCACUCCUCCUCCUGGCUGGACACCCUCAGGUGGAGUGUCCUAGGCCGCGGCUUCCGGCGGCCCCUGGGCGGACAGGUGAGCGGCUCGGGGCGCAGGGCCGCUUCUCCCUGGCGUCUCCUGGAGGCGGGUGACCCAGAUGGUCAUUUGGAGGUCCCGGGGAUUGUGCCCAGGUUUGAAGCUGCCCUAGGUCUCUGCACUGCCGAGGUGUGCGCCACAGACAUGGCUCAGUCGCUGACUUUAGUUCUCGAUGUUCCAGAGACCACAGGAGACCAGGACCUGGAGCCCAGCCCCUAUGAGGAAAGGGAGGUGCAUGACUCCUUCCACCGGCUCAUUCAGGAGCAGAGCCUGCUGGCAGCACAGGAGGGGCUGGAGCUGCUGCCAGUGGGCAGGACGGCAAGGGCCCCUGACAAGCGUCACCCGACCCUCUUGGAGCCCGGGGGUGUCCCCGCUUACAGCUCGGCCACACUCCGCAUCUUGGCCAGCAUGCCCAGCCGCACCAUUGGCCGCAGCCGUGGAGCCAUCAUCUCCCAGUACUAUAACCGUACGGUGAGACUGCGCCGCAGGAGCAGCCGGCCCCUGCUGGGGAACGUGGUGCGCUCCGCCCGGCCCAGCCUCCGCCUGUAUGAUCUGGAGCUAGACUCCACAGCUCUGGAGGAGGAUGAGAAGCGGAGCCUGCUGGUGAAGGAGCUGCAGGGCCUGUCGGCGGCCCAGCGGGGCCACAUGCUCCGAGGCAUGCCCUUGAGCCUGGCCGAGAAGCGCUGGCUCCGAGAGAAGAGCUGGGGCCCCAGUGGGAAGCACAAGGGCCACUCCGGUCGAGGGGGGACCUUCUGCUGCAGCCGGCUCAGAUACUCCUGCAUUCUGGCCCUGCACAGCCUGGGGCUGGCAUUGCUCUCAGGCCUGCAUGCCGCCAGGCCUUGGCGCUACACCCUGAAGCAAAUCAGUGGCCAGUUUGGCUCCAGCGUCCUCUCCUACUUCCUCUUCCUCAAGACCCUGCUGGCCUUCAACGCGCUGCUGCUGCUGCCCCUGCUGGCCUUCCUCGCCGGCGUGCAGGCCGCCUUCCCACCCGCGCCCCGCGGCCCGGCCCCCGCCUUCUCUGGGCUGGAGCUCCUCACAGGAGGGGGCUACUUCGCGCACACCGUCAUGUACUACGGCUACUACAGCAACGCCACGCUCAGUCAGCCGUGCGCCGCCCCGCAGGACAGUGGCCACUGCAGCUCCAGGGCAGGCAGCCUGCCCUACAGUAUGCCGCUGGCCUAUCUCCUCACCGUGGGAGCGGUCUUCUUCACCACCUGCAUCACCCUGGUGUACAGCAUGUCCCAUUCUUUUGGUGAGAGCUACCGGGUGGGCAGCACCAAGGGUGUCCAUGCCCUCACUGUCUUCUGCUCCUGGGACUACAAGGUGACUCAAAAGCGGGCCUCCCGUGUCCAGCAGGACAACAUCUGCACCCAGCUGAAGGAGCUGCUGUCGGAGUGGCAGUUACGCAAGUGUCCCCAGAGCACGUGUGGGCGGCUGCGGCAGGUGGUCGUGCUGGGGCUGGUGUGGUUGCUGUGUCUGGGGACCACGAUGGGCUGUGCAGUGGCUGUCCUCACCUUCUCCGAGGUCAUGGUCCAGGUGUGGCAGGGGACCCGGAGGGACCUGGUAGUGCCUCCCCCACCAAGCCUGGGUCCCAAGCCCUCCCCUGCUGGCCAGGAGGUGGGGCUGCUGGCCUUGCCCCUGGUGGUCAGCGUCCUCAACCUGGGCGCCUCCUACCUGUUCCGUGGCCUGGCCGCCCUGGAGCGGCAUGAGUCUCCCGUGCUGGAGGUGUACGUGGCCAUCAGCAGGAACCUCAUCCUCAAGAUGGUCAUCCUGGGAGUUCUUUGCUACCAUUGGCUGGGCCGCCACGUGGCCGCCUUGCCGAGCCGCUGCUGGGAGGACUUUGUGGGCCAGGAGCUGUACCGCUUCCUGGUGAUGGACUUCUUGUUUGCACUGCUUGACACACUCUUCGGGGAGCUGGUGUGGAGGCUCAUCUCAGAGAAGAAGCUGAAGAGGCAGCGAAAGCCUGAGUUUGACAUUGCACGGAAUGUUCUGGACUUGAUUUACGGGCAGACGUUGACCUGGCUGGGUGUCCUCUUCUCCCCACUGCUGCCGGCUGUGCAGAUCCUCAGGCUGCUGUUGCUCUUCCAAGUCAAGAAGGCGAGCUUGAUGGCCAACUGCCAGGCUCCACGCAGACCCUGGCUGGCAUUGCAUAUGAGCACCGUGUUCCUCACGCUGCUCUGCUUCCCGGCCUUCCUGGGCGCUGCCGUCUUCCUCUGCUACGCCAUCUGGCAGGUGAAGCCCUCAAGCACCUGUGGCCCAUUCCGGACCCUCGAUACCAUGUACAUGGCUGGCACGGUGUGGGUGCGCCGGCUUGAGAGCGCCAGCGCGGGGGCCUCCUGGCUGCCCUGGCUGUACGGCUACCUGGUGGAGAAUACCUUCUUCCUCUUCCUGGUGUCAGCCCUGCUGCUGGCUGUCAUCUACCUCAACAUCCAGGUCGUGAAAGGCCAGCGGAAGGUCAUCUGCCUGCUCAAGGAGCAGAUCCGAAAUGAGGGCGAGGACAAGAUCUUCUUGAUCAACAAGCUUCACUCUGUGUAUGAGAGGAAGCAGAGAAGCAGGCCUGAUGCAACCCAGGAGGCCGUCACAGCACCUGCUCAGCUUGCACGUGGAGGGGGUGACUGGCAGGACAGCGAUGGUCCUUGCACACGCGCCCAGCACGCCUAGUCACCGUAGCCCUGAAGGCAGAGACGUGGACCUGAGGGGUCAUGAGACACCUGGAUGGUGGAGUGACCGCUUUCCCUUGAACUGGUGAUGGAGCUGCUGCAAGGGUGGCCUGGGGGCUGGGUACCUUGGGGUCCUGCCCAGCCUGAGACUUCCGAUUAAGUGGGUGUGAACGGGAUGGUGUGUGAUGACCUGUGCAGGUGCCAGGGACCUGCUGGCACCAUGGCCUGCCCUUCCCCAUUCCCUGUGGAGACUUUGGCCUGGUGCUCGCCCUUUGCGGGCUGAGCUGCUGGGAGAGGGGGCAAUCUCCUCGUCCAGGGCCGUGGAAGGUCCAGGUGGUAUCCAGUGUGAGGAGCCAACGGUGGCGACGCUUAGUGUGAUGAGAGGAAGGCGGACUGAGGGAAGGAUUCUGAGGGGACGACGUGAACUUUAGGGAGGGGAGCUGCUUGGCAGGGGGCCGAGGCGGCUUGUGGGUGAGAGGCUGGGGGAGGGGCUGCGCUUCAGGAGCCAGCAGGUACUUGGAGGCCAGGGCCCUUCCCCCUGCCCAGCUCGCGCGCUGCUGCCUCUUCCUGGCGACAGCUCAUGGGAGGCAGCCGGGUUAAUUCUGCAGUCACUGGCUGUAGGCCUGGCAGAAGGGGUUUCCAGGCCUUGGUGACCACUGGCACACUGGAGCUUAGGGACCACCACAGGGAGCUGGCCCCGGCCCUGGGUGGCAACGUUUACCUACACCUGUAGGCUUGAGUGCUGACGGGCAAAAUUAGGUGGGCAGUCGAGACUAUACCACUACCCUGGGUCUUAACCCAUCCAAUGUCUUACCCCAAGGCCCGGCCCUGGUGGGUGAUGACCUGGCACUCUGCCUCAAGCCCAGGUCAGGAUGAGCCGCUGAGAAGGGGGAGCUUUUCCAGGGUGUUUUCUGGUGCAUCGCCCUGCACGUUGCCAGUCUUCCGUCAAAUGGGCUGGGUGGGGAGGUGCCACAGAUGUGGCUGCUGCCCUAGGGAACAGUGGAUGAGACCCUUUGUGUGGGUGACCCUUGUCCAACUAGCUGAAGUCUGGAGAUGAAGUUGGGUCUUCCCGGAGGACUUCCACUGUCCAGAAACACCCGCUCCCACCCAGCCCUGCCCCGUGCUGCCCGUGCCACCUUGGCCAGCUGAAUGUGUGUGUGGGUGUGGAGGGGACUGCGUCUCCUACCAAGAGCUAGCUAGCUUCCCCACUUUUCUUCCCAGCCAGCCAUGUGAUGCCUGGAGGGCAUCCAGUCAGCUGGCUCCCUUGGCUACGCUUAGUGGCCUUCAAGCCCCAGCUUCCCAGUUCAUGGCAUGGGGUCACUAGCAAGUGGCAGAGCUCCUUCAGUGCUUCACCUCUAAGCCAGACACGUGCUCUGCUAAGGAGCUGCCCCAGGUGCUUCCUGAGGUUUCGCAGGCAGGGAAGGGAGAGGGGGAGAGAACUUUAACUGCCAAAUGUGAUCAACUUGACUUGGACAGUGCAAACUGCCACUUCAGUCAAUGAAAGGUGACUAUGGCAUAUCAGAACAAACACAAAACUAUGCCCGUUUUUUUUUCCCCCCCAAGGUAGGGUUUCACUCUAGUUCAGGCUGGCCUAGAAUUCACUGUGUAGUCUCAGGGUGGCCUCAGACUCGUGGUGAUCCAUCUACCUCUGCCUCCCAAGGGCUAGAAUUAAAGGUGUGUGCCACCACGCCCGGCUGCUGUUGCUUCUUUUGAGACAGGGAGUCAAUGUAAUCAAGAAUAGCCUGCAACAAGUCAUGCAUCUGAGGCUGGCUAGCUACAGGCUUCUUGCGCGGGUACUGGGAACACUUCUAAGCUUGGUGUGGAGACCUGGCAUGGCGACCCUGUGCAGCUUGCUGCUGCGAAGGAUGUUCCUGAGCUGUGAGCUUCCCCCCUUCCCUCUCCGCCCAGCACAGCCCAGCUUGUGGCAGCCCACGCUGUCCCUUACGUCUUCACCUCUGCUGGGCGCUCUGCUCUGCCGUCAGCAACUGUGCUGCGCUGUCAGAACAGCGCCAUGAUCGCCGCUCUAAGCCCACCAUUGCCUCAGUCCUGGGUGCUAAGCCAACUUUCCACCCAGCGUGGUCCCAGGAGGCCUUCCAGCCAGGCCCUCUCUCUCUGUUCUCCACUGUCAGAGUCCAACUUGGCUCCCAAGGCCAGGGCAGUGCCAUCUUUGUGAAGCCCGCUGCUUGCUUCCAAGGACGUCAAGGCAUGGAGUGGUUGACUGCAGAGACAACGCAAGCCUGGAUUGCUGCUUGGCCUGGAUGGCAGGGCAGGACCCUCAGUCGGCUCUGCAGAAGCCAGGCACAGACAGGCCCUGGCUAAAGGACUGGCAUACAGAGGGGCUUCUGCCAACAGGUCCAUGCCAGGCUGCCAGGUGCAUCCUGCAGGGCCCAGUGCCCUCUUCUGUGUUUAGUCUCCAGUGAUUUCGUCCUCAGUGUUAGCGGCUGUGGGACAGGGUGGGGUCCAUCCUCAGAACACGGACUUGAGAAAGCAGAACAAGUAUUUCCAUUUCCACUGACACCUGUGAUUCUGCCAGGGCAACACAGCACCCAAGCCCAACUGCGCUGGCACCGGGGCCUCGUGGGCGUUAGCCAUGGCAGUUUCAAGGAAGUAGACGAUUAAGUAUCUAGCAAACACAGAAGGCUAUUACUUUACUUUUUUGGAGGCAGGGUCUUGCUCUAGCCCAGGUUGACCUAUGUAUUCUCAGGGUGGCCUGGAGCUCACAGCGAUCCUCCCAAGUGCUGGGAUUAAAGGCGCGCGCUGCCAAGCCUGGCUGUUAUUUAUUUUUUUUAAGAGUCUGCUGUGCGGCCUGGCCUUGACCCCGAGCUCAGGUACUGCUAACCCUCAGCUUAAGUGUUGGCUGUACAAGUACCACUAUGCUCUGCUCUGAUUUUUUCUGGACAAAGCUAGGGCUGGAACCCAGGGAGGGAGGGUCUUGUGCAUGCAAUGCAAAUGCUGUACCACUGUGCCACUCUCCAGCCCCUUGUGCCUCAGAGCACCCCCACCCACUGCUGGCUAGGCAAGGACAGCAUUUUCACAUGCAUCCCAUUCAGGGGGCCAGAUGGGUGCUCUGCAUCCCAGUGGUUAUCAGGAUGUUUCUAUUACCAGCAGAACUGAAAAGCACAGUGAGUCAUACUGUAAAGACUCUGAGUUUAUGACCAAGUGGUUCAGUGUGAAUACAUGGAAUGGACACAGCGGGCAGGGUCAUGCUCUCAGUUUUGGGACACACCAAGUAAAAAGGCUGUCUUUGAAAAAUGGGGGAAAAAAACUCACUAAUUUGAAUAGCCAAGAAAAAAUUGCAAUUUAUUAAGAUCCAACAAAGCGUUGUACUUUUGAAAGCAAUGUUCGGUGCAUGUCCAGCAAUCACAUUCUAUGAGGAGAGACAUUAAGAGCCACAAACUCGCUUUUUAUCUUAAGAGUCACAGACAUUUUAAGUUCAAAAUAAAGAUCCAGGAAAAAGGGGAAAAAUUAGAAAAAAACCCCACAAAAAUUAAAAACAAACAAGCAAGCAGAUCCUUCGCUCCCAUCCCCAACUGCAACACGAGGCAUUUUUCUACGACGCCGUGCCAGUGGCAGCAAGACAAGUCGUAUGUCUGGUGCACACGCACGCACGUGUGCAGGUGCGCGUGCAUCAAAUAUACAGAGUGCACGGAACGGUGAUGAGAUGUAGUCACUGAGGUCUGCUCCUAACGCGCUAGACAUGUGAGAAAAGCCUUAAGCAGUCUGUGCAUAGUUCCGACCCUCGAGAAAACCAGCUUCCAUUGCUCGCUUGCUCCUGCAGGACUUUUUGUUUUGAUAAAACCAUUAAAAAGCUAAUUUAAAAAAUGUAAUGCACAAGUUUCCUGAUCAAGCAGGCAGGGAGUACAAUGUUCAUAUAUUUUUAAAACAUACUGGAGGGUAUGUUAUUCCAUUGUCUUUCUUCCUUGCAAAACAAUCAGAACAUUGAUCAUUUUUAAAACAUAAAGCAAUUUUUAAUAUAAAGCACUCUUCAAACAUCUAUUUCUUUUGAGUCCAUUAUUUGGUAAAUAUGUAACUGCUACACAUUAGAG